ACACAACCGGAAGUUACCCCGCUUCGUUGACGCUUCAGAAAGAAACACGUUGAGCUGAAUUGUCAAUCAAACCGCCAGAUAGUCAAAACUAGGUUGUUUGUUAUAAAUUGAAUAUUGUAGCAGUGAGGACGGGGCCUUUUUGUCUCGUUGCUCUGUGUGACAUCAAACCGCAGGAGGAUAUGCUGGUUUUUAAUCUGCCAGAUCUCAGUCAGGAAGGAAGCCUUUGCACUGCAAACCUGCAACCUGCUAACGCAUCUUAUAUUUAACUGAUUCACCUCUCAUUUUCACUGCGUUUGUUUGGAAAUGAGAACGACAUUAUUCCUGUUGCACGCCAUCUCAUGCUACUGUUUAGUCAGUGCCACUCUUUCAAAAACUGAUGCAAAGAAGUCGCAUAAAGCAGCUGAUGUUGAGACAUCUCCGGCUGAGCUGUCUGUUUUGGAGAGAGGCCUCGUUGUGUCAGACCCGCCCUGGAAAGACAUAGUGAAGGAGGAAAAGAGACACUGGGCUCACACCAAGAGAACAUUUCAAGGACCGGUGCUUGGAUAUGUCACUCCUUGGAAUGCUCACGGCUAUGACGUUGCCAAGAUGUUUGGUGCUAAACUAACCUCAGUGUGUCCAGUUUGGCUUCAGGUCCGCCGACGGGGACCUGAAACCUUUGACGUUAGUGGACUCCAUGACCAUGAUCCAGGCUGGGUCAAAGCUGUUCGCAAGUCUAAUAAAAAAGUCAGGUUGGUGCCUCGUCUGUUAUUUGAUGGCUGGUCUUACCAGGACUACAUGAGCGUGCUGGGGAGUGAAGAUGAAAUUGAAGAGCUGGGAAGUGAGCUGGUGGAUGUUGCAAAGACUGAAGGUUUCGAUGGUUUCACCUUGGAGGUGUGGAGCCAGCUGGGAGGUAACAAAAGAAAGGAGCUUGUCCAUAUGGUGAAACACAUAUGUGAGACUUUGAAGGCUAAAAGAUUAGACUGCAUUCUUGUCAUCCCUCCUGCUGUGACGAGCGCGGGGCAGCCGGGUAUGUUCGGCAGGGAGGAGUUUGAGCAGUUGGCCCCUGUAGUCGACGGAUUCAGCCUCAUGACUUACGACUACUCCAGCGGGGACAGUCCGGGCCCGAGCUCCCCCCUUCCCUGGGUGAGAGACUGUGUUCUCCAGCUUGCUCCCAACACUCAGUGGAGGGAAAAGAUCCUGCUUGGACUCAAUAUGUAUGGCCUAGAUUUCGCAAGCCAGGGAACAGAGCCAAUCCUGGGAGGAAGGUACAUCGAGAUUUUACGAGAACAUAAGCCAAAACUUCUCUGGGAUGAAUAUUCUGCGGAGCAUUAUUUUAGUUACAAGAGGAACAAUGCAGUUAAGCAUAUGGUGUACUAUCCGUCAUUGAAGUCACUCUACCUGAGGAUCUCUUUAGCUACUGAACUGGGAACAGGAAUUUCCUUGUGGGAACUAGGACAAGGACUGGACUAUUUCUAUGAUCUCCUAUGAGAGUUGUACUGUAAAGUGAAGACGGAGGACUUUGGAGCAUCAACACAAGGAUUUUCUUUUUCAUGGCCCCCGAAGUUCAAGCGCUGUAUGCAGGCGUUUUUAUUCUGUUUUUCGUUUCUGAGUUGGAACUCUGAAACGAGACUUUGAAAGGAUUUAGUUAAUACUCAACUUGAGGGUAAUGAAAGUGUUGACAUCUUCAACACAAAUAUACUAGCAGCAGACACAAGGUACUACAGUGUUUUUAUUCCUUUUCAUUGACGGUAUUGUGGAAAAAUUUCAACUUGUACAAAUCAGACAGAGUGCAGUGACACAUCUCCAGCCAACAACAGAGAGUGCAUGAUCAUCGAUGAGUAUAACGUUCAAAUAAAAGGGUUAUAUUCUUCUCUUCUUCACAUGACAGACACCUGCAGCCUCUUUUCAGUCCAAAUCUUCUUCCUUCGUCCUUCUUUGCCUUUAAUCAUCCUCAAAACUGCAUCUGCUUUUUCUCAUUUUUUAAUUUCGAAUCAAGACAUUUGAUUGUGUGGCUUUUAUUAGGUUUAUAAUAACAGCAUUUGAAAGUAAUGAAGUUGUAUUUACAGUGUUGCCAAACAUCUGUUCUGCACCAGCAUCUUCCAAUAUUUGUCUGAGAUGAAUGUUUGUUUAAUUACAUGAAUAUAAAUGUGGAACAACUGA